GGUGGAUUUACUGAUCGCAACUAUGACUGGAGUUCUGAAGAGGAGGAGUAUGAGAAGAAGUCGCACCCGGUGCAGGUCCUGAUUGUAAAAGACGACCAUUCCUUUGAGUUGGAUGAGGGGGCACUGACCCGCAUCUUGCUUUCGGAGGCUGUGAGGGACAAGGAGGUUGUGGCUGUGUCCGUAGCUGGAGCAUUUAGGAAAGGAAAGUCAUUCCUCAUGGACUUUAUGCUGCGGUAUAUGUACAAAACCGAACCCGUCGAUUGGCUUGGUGAUUAUAAUGAACCGUUAUCCGGUUUCUCCUGGAGGGGCGGUUCUGAACGUGAGACCACCGGAAUCCAGAUAUGGAGCGAAGUCUUUUUGGUGGAAAAGCCAGAUGGGAAAACGGUGGCCGUGUUACUGAUGGACACUCAAGGAACGUUUGACAGCCAGUCAACCCUAAGGGACUCAGCCACGGUGUUCGCCCUCAGCACCAUGAUCAGCUCCAUUCAGGUUUACAACUUGUCCCAGAAUGUUCAGGAAGAUGAUCUGCAGCACUUACAGCUGUUCACAGAGUACGGCAGACUGGCUAUGGAGGAGACGUUCCUGAAACCGUUCCAGUCUUUGAUCUUCCUUGUACGGGAUUGGAGCUUCCCAUAUGAAUUCCCUUAUGGUGCUGAUGGCGGAGCAAAGUUUCUAGAAAAAACGGCUGAAGGUGUCUGAGAAUCAGCACGAAGAAUUGCAGAAUGUCAGGAAACACAUCCACUCUUGUUUUACUAACAUCUCCUGCUUCCUCCUGCCACAUCCCGGCCUCACCGUAGCCACCAAUCCCAAGUUUGAUGGCAAACUUAGAGAAAUCGAUGAAGAGUUUAUAAGGAACCUGAAAGUCUUUAUACCUUGGCUCCUGAGCCCGGAGAAACCUGGAUGUUAAAGAAAUCAAUGGGAAUAAAAUAACGUGUCGCGGCCUGGUGGAGUAUUUCAAGGCCUACAUCAAGAUUUACCAAGGAGAGGAGCUACCACACCCAAAAUCAAUGUUACAGGCUACAGCAGAAGCUAACAACUUGGCAGCCGUGGCCACAGCAAAAGACUUGUACAAUAAAAAAAAAUGGAAGAGGUAUGUGGAGGAGACAGGCCCUUCUUAGCGCCCACUGACCUGCAGCAUAAACACCAGGAGCUAAAGGACGAUUCCGUCAAGCUGUUCCGUAGUGUGAAGAAAAUGGGGGGCGAGGAGUUCAGCAGAAGAUACCUGCAGCAGCUGGAGAAUGAGAUUGACGAGCUUUAUGUCCAGUACAUCAAACACAACGACAGCAAGAACAUAUUCCAUGCUGCCCGAACCCCCGCCACCCUCUUUGUGGUCAUAUUCAUCACCUAUGUGUUGGCUGCUAUCACUGGUUUCAUUGGGCCUGGACAUUAUAGCCAGCUUGUGCAACAUGAUCAUGGGACUGACCCUCAUCACACUCUGCACAUGGGCGUAUAUCAGAUACUCCGGAGAGUACCGGGAACUUGGAGCUGUUAUAGAUCAGGUGGCAGCCGCCCUAUGGGACCAGGGGAGCACCAAUGAGGCUCUGUACAAGCUCUACAGUGCUGCUGCCACCCACAGACACUUAUAUCACCACGCCUUCCCAGCUCCACAACACGAGGUGGCUGAAGACCAUGACAAGAACAUCUAG